AUGUCUUCUCUAUCUACCUUUUAUACCAUAUCCACUAGUUCUACCAUUUCUAUGAUAUCUGCUCUAUCUACCCUUUCUGUCGUAUAUGGCAUAUUUGGCAGAUUUCUAUCUGAAUCGAACAAAUCAUCUCGAGCCACCCCGACGAUGAUCUUUCCCUCCUACAACGUACAAGCAAACUACGACGGCCAUCCACAAGAAGCAGCUUCACACCUGGUUUCUUCUACUCCAU